AUGGAGGCUGCUCCCAAACACCCCCUCUUCACGCCCGAGCCCCACUACAUCCCUGGCUACGCGGGAUUCUACCCGCAGCUGCGUUUCCAGGUGGGGAACACAUACGGGCACACCACGGCGCAGCUGCUCACGGACCCGGGUGUCCACAAGAGUCCCUGCUCCGUGCUCUCACCCAUCACCAAGCCCAAGUUCAUUGAGGACUACAGCCAGCCCAAGGCACCCUUCGUGUCCUGUCGUGACCUCCUGGAGCCCCACAUCCCACACUAUAGCGGUCUGAAGCCCUACAAGGACUUCAAAAUCCUGGACCUCUUCCAAGCCCCGGAUCUUCAAGGGCAGCUGGAGGCUGAGGACGAGGCCCUGCUGCCCACUGACUUCAUGCCCUACCCCCCUUUUGCCCCGUGCCGCCGGACAGAAAGGAAGUGUCAGGGACCUCUGCCCGCAGGGCCUGUUACCACUGGAGGAGGGACCAGUUCCCCCAGCCCAGGGAGGCCACAGGAGACCCUGAAUGUCCAGCGCUUCACAGGCUGCCCCAGCUGGACCACCCAAACCUCGUCCAGCGCAAGGCCAUUUCAGGGCUAUGCUGGCUUCGUGCCCCGCUUCACCUGGGUAAUGGGGAUCAACUACCGAGACGGGGUCAUUCAGGCCAUGGAUGAGUUCGACCAAGAACCAGUAGAGGCCCCCUCCCCGAGGCUGGCCCCACUGUCUGGCUUCCGACCAGUGCCUGAAGAGUGUGCAGGCUUCCCGGUGGACUUUGAUGGCGGCUGCCCUGCCCUCCACAAGCACUGCAAGACAAGUAUGGGCUGA